UCCUGGACUUCACUGGCACUGGCCGGAGUCGACAACCACGGCAAGCUCCACAUGCUGCGGGUGUCGCCGUCGAUGGGUCAGGUGCUGGAGAUGAACACGACGCUGCGCCACCUGCUGUUCUUGCUGGAGUACUGCAUGGUGACGGGCUACGACUGGUGGGACGUGCUGCUGCAUGUGCAGCCCACCAUGGUCCACAACCUGGUGGAGAAGCUGCACGAGGAGUACAUGAGGCAGAACCAGGCGCUGCAGCAGGUUCUGGCGACGCGUAUCGUGGCGGUGAAGGCGUCUCUCUGUAAACUCUCCACGGCGACGGCUGCUCGAGCCUGCGACUUCCACGCCAAACUGCUGCUGAUCGCCAUCAGCUCCACCUUAAAGUCUCUGCUGAGGCCCCACGUCCUCAACACCCACAGUCCAGGAGACAGACUCACCGAGAUCUGUGCCAAGAACAUCGACACAGAUAUUGAUAAGGUGAUGAUCAAUCUGAAGACGGAGGAGUUUGUGUUGGAUGGCCCCCCCCUUCAGUCCCUGCAGCAGCUCAUCCAGUGGGUGGGAGACUUUGUCCUCUACCUGCUGGCCAACCUGCCCAACCAGGGCUCCAUGGUCCGGCCGGGGUUCGGCUUCAUGAGGGACGGUGCGUCUCUGGGGAUGCUGAGGGAGAUGCUGGUGAUGAUCCGGAUCUGGGGUCUGCUGAAGGCCGGCUGCCUGCCGACCUUCACGGCCACGUCGGACAACCAGGACAGCAUGCAGCUGCUGUUCAGGCUGCUCACCAAGCUGUGGCUCUGCUCCGGGACGACGGACCCCCCCCAGGACCCCGAUGAGACCCUGAUAGACGAGUGCUGCCUGCUGCCCAGCCAGCUGCUGGUUCCCGGUAUGGACUGGCUCCCGGUCAACGACGGCGUCAUCGUCAAGCUGCAGGGGAAACACCCGCUGAGGCUGCAGUUUGGAAAGGCUUCGUCUCUGCCCGGAGUGGGUUCCACCGCCCCGCUGGAGGUCUUCACCAGGAGUCCCGGUUCUCAGAAGAUGGACAACCUGCGUUGUGUCCAUAUGGGCGUCUGUCCCACAGAGGAGAGCAAGGCCUGCACCAGGUGCGGCUGUGUGACGAUGCUUCGCUCUCCAAACAAGACGAACGCCAUGAAGCAGUGGGAGCAGCGCUGGAUCAAGAACUGUCUGUGUGGAGGUCUAUGGAGGAGGAUCCCCCCCACCCUCACCUGAACGCAUCACCUGAACGCAUCACCUGAACGCAUCACCUGAACACAUCACCUGAACAACCCUCACCUGAACACAUCACCUGAACACAUCACCUGCACACAUCACCUGAACGCAUCACCUGAACACAUCACCUGCACACAUCACCUGAACGCAUCACCUGAACACAUCACUUGAAUGCAUCACCUGAACAACCCUCACCUGAACGCAUCACCUGAAUAACCCUCACCUGAACACAUCACCUGCCACACAUCACCUGAAACAUAUCACCUGAACGCAUCACCUGAACAUAUCACCUGAACGCAUCACCUGAACACAUCACCUGAAUAACCCUCACCUGAACACAUCACCUGAACUCAUCACCUGAACGCAUCACCUGAACAACCCUCACCUGAACACCUCACCUGAACAACCCUCACCUGAACACAACACCUGCACACAUCACCUGAACACCUCACCUGAACGCAUCACCUGAACAACCCUCACCUGAACACCUCACCUGCACACAUCACCUGAACACCUCACCUGAACGCAUCACCUGAACAACCCUCACCUGAACACCUCACCUGAACGCAUCACCUGAAUAACCCUCACCUGAACACAUCACCUGAACACAUCACCUGAACGCAUCACCUGAACGCAUCACCUGCACACAUCGCCUGAACGCAUCACCUGCACACAUCACCUGAAACAUCACCCUGGAUGCAUCACAUGGAUGCAUCACCUGAAUAACCGUCACCUGAACACAUCACCUGAACACAUCACCUGAUGUUUCAGUGGCUCGUUCAGUGUUUUCUACCUGUAAAUAAAGUUUGUUUUGUAUUUUACUUUGUAAUAAACUGUCAAAAUAAAA